ACCGGUCACACGGGGGCUCCGCGCGCGCCGUCCGCCUCACCUCCUGCUCGGGUCCUUCCCUUUGAAAAGGUCUGGCAACCCCCGGGGGCUAAAGCAUUCGAGGCGCGGGCGCGGGGCCAGUUUUGCGCGCUCCCGGUGCCGAGUGCGGCUCCACGGCAGUCGGCGAGCGAGGCGGGCUGCGGGCGGGCGGGCGCGCAGGCAGCUGUGGCUCCACGGGAUGACUCCCACGCCGCCGCGGCGAUGUCGCAGCCGAACGCAGCUCCGAGCCCGCUGACGUCCACCUCGGAUGACGAGCGGAGGGCUUCUGCACUGCGAUGCUGACAUGUUUCCUCGUCGGGGAGAAGAAUCUCGGCGCUGUGCGGCAUAGAGGAGGCAGCGGCGUGGAGCGACGUGCACGCGCACAGCGGACUGUUGCAGCACGGCAGCAUCAUGGAGGCUGGAUGUGUGGUUGCCGCGGUGAUUGAAAACGCUGCCUCAGGACCCCGGGGAGAACCAGGAAGUAGUGACGUCCUUGAAGGAGAUGUGCUACUGUUUACUGACCUGGACAAAGAUGAUGCUUUACCUCAAGAAACCAACAGUAAUCCUCCAUUAGAGAUACAGCCAGAGGAGACAUCCACUGCCAUGGUGAGGAGUGAUGUUGCAGAGCACUCAGCUGACCCACUCCUGCGCUCUUGCGUCAGCACAGCCAGCAUGAAGGUCAAGAACAUGAAGAAGCUGACGUUCCCCAGGGGUCACUUCCCCAGGUUGGCAGAGUGUGCUCAUUUCCACUAUGAGACUGUGGACUUUGGCAGUGUUCAGCUGGCAUUCGUAGAGGGGCAGAAUGAUGGGCUGAAGGCUGGACUGGACUCCAAAGAGCUGGUCUUCCUGGUCCAGAUCACUUGCCAGGGUCGAAACUGGCUGGUGAAGAGGUCCUAUGAAGACUUCCGUGUGCUGGACAAACACCUACAUUUAUGCAUCUAUGACCGUCGGUUCUCCCAGCUCACGGAGCUGCCGCGGCAUGACUUGAUAAAAGACAAUGUUGAGUCAGUAACCACCAUGUUGGCCACCUACCUGUCCCGCUUCUCGGCCAUCGCUGACAACAAGAUCAACUGUGGUCCAGUACUGACAUGGAUGGAGAUCGACAACAAGGGGAACCAUCUUCUGGUGUCGGAAGAAGCCUCGAUCAACGUCCCCGCCAUCGCUGCUGCUCACGUCACCAAACGUUACACGGCCCAGGCCACGGACGAGUUGACCUUCGAGGUGGGAGACAUUGUGUCGGUGAUAGACAUGCCUCCCAGAGAAGACACGGGCUGGUGGCGAGGGAAGCACGGCUUCCAGGUCGGCUUCUUCCCCUGUGACUGCGUUGAGCUGAUAAAUGACAAGAUCCCCCCCAGCGUUCAAAGCGCAGUGCCGAAGCCAGUGUGUAAGAAACACGGCAAGCUGGUGACGUUCCUGAGGUCCUUCAUGAAGUCCCGGCCGCCGCCGCAGAGGCUGCGGCAGCGGGGCAUCCUCAGGGAACGGGUGUUCGGCUGUGACCUGGGGGAACAUCUGCACAACUCUGGACACGAGGUCCCACAGGUUGUUAAGAGCUGUGCUGACUUCAUAGAAAAGCACGGCGUGGUGGACGGAAUCUACAGACUCUCCGGGAUCUCCUCCAACAUCCAGAAACUGAGGCAUGAAUUUGACUCCGAGCAGAUCCCAGAUCUGAGCAGAGAGGUCUUCAGGCAGGAUAUCCACUCGGUGGGCUCCCUCUGUAAGCUCUACUUCAGAGAGCUGCCCAACCCUCUGCUCACCUACCAGCUCUACGACAGAUUCUCAGAGGCCGUGUCCGCAGCCACCGACGAGGAGAGGCUGGUCAAAAUCCACAAUGUCAUCCAGCAGCUGCCGCCUCCUCACUACAGGACUCUGGAGUUCCUCAUGAGGCAUCUCUCCCACCUGGCCACUUUCAGCUCCACCACUAACAUGCACACGAAGAACCUGGCUAUUGUCUGGGCCCCCAACCUCCUCAGGUCCAGGCAGAUCGAGUCGGCCUGUUUCAGCGGCACGGCGGCGUUCAUGGAGGUGCGCAUCCAGUCAGUGGUGGUGGAGUUCAUCCUUAAUAACACGGAGGAACUCUUCAGUCCCAAACUUAACGCCAUCAUAAGGGAGAGCACUGGCACCAGCACCUUAUCCAGACCCAAGUCCUUGCUGGUCUGCUCCCCAUCCACUAAGUUAUUGUCUCUGGAGGAGGCGCAGGCUCGCACUCAGGCACAGCUGGGGUCCCCGGCCACGACACCAUGUCUGACCCACAGCGACUACAUCGAAGUCGGAGAGGGACCCGGGGCCCUGCUUGGCAAGUUUCACACAGUCAUCGAGCUCCCAAUGGAAAGCUGCAAGCGGCCUCCUGCCAAGGCCAAGAAGUCCCCGGUGGGCAACUGGCUGUCCUUCUUCCACUUGGGGAAGUCCCACUCCGUGUCGAAGCGCAAGCUGAAGCGGCACCCGAGCGAGCCCAACGAGAUAAAGAGCAUCGCGCUGCCAGGCGGAAGAGGCGCUAGCGGCACGCUGCGCUCCACCAAAAGUGAAGAAUCGCUCACGUCCCUGCACAAUAUUGAAGUUCCAGGAGAACCUCCGAGCUACCAGCGCCUCCGGCCGCGUUCCACCAGCGAGGCCGUCUCCGGCCUCAGCAGGGACGGCCUGCACGGCGGGCGAGCGAGGCCGGGCCGCAGAAGCCCCCCGCUGGGCGAGAGCCGCGCCGGUGCCGAGCGGGUCCGCGUCGCCGCCUUCGUUUCCAACCCGCACCAGGAGGACGACCUGGACCUUUGUCCGCCGGCUGCGGGCAUCUCUACUCUGGACUUCGACCCCAUGUCUUUCCAGUGCAGCCCGGCCUCAGCGACACCCGGACCCCCGCGCGGCACAGACGGGGGCAGGCGGAGGAGGAGCGCGGGUUGUUCCAGUGAGUCGGAGCCGGUCAACGACAACGUCAGCUCGCGGUCCCCGGACACGAGCCCGGCUCCGGGCAGAGGCGGGACGAAGCUGGUCUCACCUAAACUCAGGAAGAAGUCCUUUAAGACCCAGGCGGAUGUUCCCGGAGCGUCGGCCUCCUCCUCUCCACCGGUGGAUGGAAAGGAGCCAAGAACACACUUUCAGCACUGCAGCCCACUCAGCACAGCGAGCCAGGCAUCAGCCCUGACCGAGCUCAGUCAGCCCGCUCAGAACCUGCCUGAUCCAGGAACAGAUAGACUUAUGAGUUCAGUGUCUGUUCUCCCUCCUCACCCUCCCCUGACGAGUGCCGCGCGCAAGCUGGCCCUGGCUCUGGCUGAAUCUGCGCAGAAGGCCGCCGGCGGCGCCCAGAGACGCCCCCACGGCCCGCCCCCCCCUCUGCAGGGUCCGGAGGCCCCCCGCGGCCAGGACCGGCCGCCCCGGCCCACCGUUCUGGACCUGGGUGCGUCCCAGGAGGCCUUCGAGCCCGACGCCUCCGCCCUGUCCCAGUGGCGCGGCCCCGCCCACUUCCUGCCGCCGCACCUCGACGGGCAGGAGGGCGCCUGCAAUUUCACGCCCAACGUCAGCCCGCUCGGCUCGGGCAGCCUGGACGACGGCAGCGCCGAGCGGAGGGGGGGUCGAGGGGAGCGGCCGCGGAGGGACGGCGCAGGAGGCGAGCCCACCUACCAGAGCAUCGGGGUCUCGACGCCCACUCCGCCCGUGGGCGCGGCGCGGAGCCCGUCCGCGUCGCCCGUCUACAUGAAUGCCGACUCCAUCAACGUCUUCAACUUCCGAGCCGUUCUGGCCGAGACCUCCGUGCCGGCCUCCGUCGAGGAGGUGCUUCCGCGUCCCGCGCGCCGCCACUGCCCGGAGGUCGCGGUGGAGGACGUCUGCUCACGUCGCCGCCACCAGCAUCGGCCGACCCACACGCACCACUGCCCCAGAGCGGACGCUCUGCUCCAGCACCCGUCCGGUCCACGGAGCCUGUACAGGCAGUCGUCCGAGACGCGCCGCAGCACGCUGGGCCUGAGGCACCCCCUGUCGCCCCAGUACCGCCGUUACCAUAGAGACGAGCAGCCCGUCGGCAGCUGCCACCGAAAGCAGGGCCCGCGGCCCGAGGCCAGGGGGGCGGGGCAUCCGGCCAUCCGCAGGGCGCGCUCCUUCCACGCCCCUCACUUCAGCCACUACGAGCUGGCCGAGGCGGAGGUCCCGCCCCCCGGCGCCAUGUUCUACAUGGAGCAGGCGCCGAGCGAGGCGCCGCAUCGGCCGCUGCUCCAGUUCCCCGUUCGCUUCGAGAGCUGCUACAGCCCGUACUCGGACGCGGGCGCGGCGGACGGCGCCCGCUGCUACGUGGAGCCCCCGCGCCGCGCCGCCGGCGGCGUCCGUCACAGCCAGUCGUACACCGUGCACUCCAGCGGCGGACAGGCCGAUUACUGCAACUACUCGCCGCCUGUCAACAGGGAGCUGUACAUACAAAGCAGGGACACCGUGGUCUACGAGGCCAGAGACGCGGGCGUUUUUGAAAGAGUCGUGUAUCAGCCGAUCCGGCAGGACCGACGCCAGAACGCCUGCCCCGUGGUUUCGCCCUACGCCGGCGCCGCCUCCCCGACCGACAGGGACACACUGGGCAGAGACAUAAUGCACAUCCGGAGCAAGUCGGACCCCGGGAACGCCUGCCUGCUUUCCGCCGACGGGACCGAAAGCCAGGGUUCGGCCGCCGCCGCCGCCUCCCCGCCGUCCCUGAGGCCUCGGCUGGAGCCCGGGGACGUCCGGCAGCAGGGCGGAGCCUCCAGGCGCAUUCAGAUCAGAGACAGCUCCCCUCAGCAGCCUCCGCUCCGCAAAGUCCCCUCGCUUCCAGAGAGGGGCUGCCCCGACUUCAAGAGCGCCGAACGCAACGACAGGGGCCUCGCGCGGGGUCUGGACCCGGGGCGGGCGAUGGCGGCCAGCGCAGUCAACAGCCUGUGCGGCGCCGCGAGGCCCAGCAUCCUCAGGAGACCCGGGCGCUCGCAGAGCACCAGGGAGAACCGCCACUACUACCGUUACGACACCAAAUCCCCCGCGGAGCCCGAACAUCUGGGCUCUUUUUCCACUCAGCCCAACAGAAGGACUCAGAGCACCAAAGUCAGGCCCACACAAUACGACCACAUGGAGAGGUAUUACGCCGCGCCGAGACUUAAAUCCGCCAGAUCCGCCAAAGCCGCGACAGGAAAUUUGCCCGGCCAGGGCUGCGUGUCUCCGAGCGGCCACAGGCUGCUGGCCGAGGCUCUGGGCCGCCAGGCCUUUUAUCAUGCUGCUCUGACAUCAGAGACCGGGGUCUACGAGUGAAUCCAACCACACAGCUCUGCAGCCGGGCCAAAGGAGAACAGCACUUUAUCCUCUGCCAGACCAACACACUCUUCCACUGAGGGUUUUUUUUUUCUACUUCCAGCGCUGCUACAACAGUGUGACAUUAGUGUAGGAAUCCGUACUGCCAUCGCCGGCGGCUUUUGAGACAUCGCAAAGGGAAAACAGAGCACUGUCUUGGAUUUACAGUAGAUACUUUGAAGGAGGGGAAAUGUUGCGUUAGUCGAGGACAAACUAAAGUAACAGGGUUUAUUAACAAUAAAAGAUCUUCAUUGUAAAUGUAUUUGUACAAAUAACACACUGCUAACAUGUGUCCAAUGUACUGUACAUCCUGUUUUCUAGUUCAGUCUUCUCAGACUUCAAGCACUUUUGGGGAUAACUGGAUAAAACACAUUGUCUUAACGUGCUGUACAUGAAGCCUCUUGAUAUACAGUAUAUAUUUUUCCUGUGAGCAACAGUUUGCUCUGAGUAAUCGUGAAAUCCUAAAGGCCCAUUUCCGUCCAAAAGGUCGCAGUACUUUUCUUUCCUGGGAACUAGGAUCCAGGGAGCUUCCCCUCAGAGGACCUGUGAUUCGCUUUGGGUUUCCACCACAGCACAGGGAGAUUUCAGCCGCUGUACGAAAAGCACAUUAGUCUGAUGCUUCUUACGUUCCCGGUUCCUAGUCACCAGGAAAGGUUCUGCCAGUGGAAAUGGGCCUAAUCAGCACUUUGGCGGGCGGGUCAUGGACGUGAGAAGGUGACCUUCUAACGUCUGACGUUUUUACUCCAUCACACGUUGUAUAAUGCGAUCUUCAAAUGCUGAGUGCUGUGGUUUCCAUUCAGUAACGGCUGUACCAUGGUAAAAUACGCUACACAGUCAGCGCAGAUCAGCUUCUCCAGUUUGUGACAAAGUGUUUUUUUUGUGGUUUUGUCACAAACUGACAUAUUUUCCUCUUUUAGGGAACCUUUAACAGUGAACUAUGAUCUCGUUUUAUUCACAAAGAUGCUAUUUCAAAUCCAAACAUGUAGAUGGAAAUGUUCUGUUAAGACAUGAUAAAUGCAUUAUUUUAGUGAGACUCUUAAAAAUAAAGGUGUUAUCGGUGA